AGCGUACAAUUCCCUCGAUACAGAUUAACAGGAGGGAGUUACAAAGGGUGUCUGUCAGGAGAUUUUCUCUCCCUUCCUCAACCCCCCCACCCCCACCUCAUCUCCCGGUGAAUGGAAAUAAUCUGACGCUGACUGAAAGUAACCGGGAAUGUGAUAUUUUCUGAAUUUCAGCGAUGGAGUGAUUGGAUAUUGCACAUCAUGGCGUCUUGUGAGAGGGAAGCUAUUUCCGAGAUUCUCAGAUUGAAUGUGGGAGGUUGUUUGUAUACAGCUCGACGAAAUUCCCUGUGUCGUUUUAAAGACUCAAUGCUUAGUGCAAUGUUUAGUGGACGGUUUCCUUUAAAACUAGAUGAAUCAGGAGCUUGUCUUAUUGAACGGGAUGGCAAACUUUUCAAGUAUCUCUUGGAUUAUCUGCAUGGUGAACUCUGCAUCCCUGAAGAAACGAAAACUCGUGUAGCAUUACAAGAAGAGGCAGAUUACUUUGGCAUUCCCUAUCCUUAUAGUUUGACUGACUACUUGUCGAGUGAGAUGGAAAGACAUUGCUCGAGAUCUAACAUGGAAAUCAAAAAGGCAUUGACAGACAUGUGUGCCUCCUAUGGUUUAAUCUGCACAAAACCUGUGGUGUGGAUCCUGCACUAUCUCAACACUUGUGGUGCUAGUUGUGAGAGCAAGAUCCUUGGAGUGUUUACAUCAAAGAUAGAAGGGAUUGGAGCCAUUGAAAAGCAACUGGGAGGCAGGAUGAAAAGUAGAAGUAUCUAUAAGAGGGAAGCUGGAAACAAUCUACAAUACAUAUGGAGCUAUUACUCAGCUGGUGAGCUGAAGAAGAUGAUGGAUGCCUUUGACUCCUGGGAGGGAAGAGGUGUCAGUUAUUGGCGAGUGCCUCAGGAGUUGAUUGAAUGUUGGACUCUUGAAGGCCGACCUCUACAAGGCACACAAGAAAUGGUGACACCUAUUCAGAAGCGGCUCGCUGAUCUCAGUGAAACAGAAGCUGAAACUCCUAAAAAGAACCUGAAACCUGUAGAAUUCUCUGGCCCAUCCACAAGCACUCGCAUUAAAGUGAAGAAUUCUGGUUUGGUCAAGCUGUCAGUACCAGCCGAUGCUACAAAAACAUUGCCAAACACUUUGGUUCAUCUCAAAACCACAGCGGUAAAGAGACUAAGCACCGGGGAGCUUGUAAACCACAGGACACUAUCUCCCAGGGCCACAGGCUCUGCUUCGGGAUCUAGUUUCCAAAUGACCCCAGCUGUUAGAUCCCAGAACUCUGUAAGUGCCACAGGGUCCUGUUGCACUGCAACAGUCAAAUUGCCGGAAAAGAAGGUAAUAGUGAAUCGAGUGAUCAAACUGAAAAGGAAUCCACCUUCUGCAACACUUAUAAUGCCAACAGAUCCUACCAGGCAUGAAAGAGACAUGCAAACAGUUACUUCAGAUGUACAACCAAGUACUUCGGCAAAUGCCCUCACUUCCAGGACUGUGAAUUUAAUAGCAGACUAUCUAGAGAAUGCAUGUGGAAAGAGUGAAGAAAAGGAUGAGGAUGGUUAAAUAGCCAGAAUUUCGGAGAGAAGGGAACAGGACUGUUGAAGUGGUUUGGUAGGACUGAACAUUGGAAUUGUUGAUGCAAGAAUAUUAACCCAGGAUCAGGACUUCAUAGAGUUGUUUAGGUAAAAAUGUAAAAUUUGUUCUUUCACAGGUGGCUCAAUGGGGUUUUCCAGUGCAUGACAUCAACUAAGGAGGUCCCAGUUUUGAUCUCUAUCUGUGCUUAGUUGAGUGGUGGUAACUGCUACAUUUGUAAGAUGUGUGUCUUUGGACUAUGGAAAGGGAAGUUUUACCAAGGCUGCCACACAUGGUUAUUACCUGUCAAUUCUGUUGGAAUCGUGUGUGUGCAAGCAUGUUUACUUGCAUGCAUGUGGAUGUGAACAUGGACACCAGCAGUAGGCUUGGCUGUGAUUCUUUACUUCUCUCAUCUGUACUCAAGUUGCCUGCCUGUAAUCCAAGGGCUAAAAAAUAAUGGCUACUUCAGCAACAUACCACAGAAUGACUUCUGAUUUUGGAGUAAACAAUUUCAGACGAAUAAGGACAGAAAAGGUCUUUUUUAUUCAAACAACUGUAAAGUAUAACUUCUUGCAUUGAGUUACUUCUGUCUGAAUUGAAUUCAAAUGCAAAGAUAGACCGUUGAUAUGCAGUGGAGAUCGCAUCUACCAAAAUAUUCCCCUGCUAAUUAGUUAGUUUACAGCUUACUUCAAACUAAUUGAGUAGACCUUAAAUUUGAAAACUUCAAAGCAAAGAACAAAAUGACAGUAAAUAGGCAGUCUCGUUUUUGAACACUUGCAGCUGAAUAUCUAGUUACAAAUUCUCGUCCAGGUCAGACCAGCCAGCAGACAGCAACCUUACUGUGGAACAUGCAACUAAUAUAGGCAACAUACGUGAACUGUGCUGUGAAGAGGUGGGGGUGCUGCAGAUCCUUACAGUUGAGACAUCAGAAAUGUAAUUAACUUUGUAGCAACAGUGGAUAUCAUCAAAUAGUAAUAAUGGACUAUGGACUACGUAUUACUGUACUGGAGAAUACAAGACAAGGCUGAUCGACAAUCCCACCCCGUUGUAGUUCCUGGUCUGGUGAAAGCAUCUUGCAUUUUGUAUGAUAUUUUACAUUAGAUUUUUGUGUGUAUAGGAGAAAAAUGGCUCUCAUUUUGUACAAACAGCUUUUAGAUCUUGAAGUUGUAAGUUUAUUUAAUUUUAAGAGAUAAAUUAAGGAUUUCAUUUUAAGGGAAUAUUGAUCUUUUUGAUUUGCUUGCCUGAGUUAUUUUCAGUUUUUAAUCUUGGACAUGCCAUCUAAUGUGGCAUGGGAUGGGAAUGAAGUCUUCUUAAGCUAAGGAACUAGUUGUAAAAGACCAGUUCAAGUUUGGGCUUGUCUGCAGUCUUAAAAUAGACUGUCUGCCUGUUUCCCCAUUUGGCAAGAUAUGGUGGUGAGAUGCAGAAUUGGAAUAGAACCUUGUUGUGAAGUCAAAAAUAAAAGCCAUAAGAUUGAAAUAGAGCAAAAUCAGAUUUGAGCAUUUUUCUUUAGAUGUGGAAAGAAAAUUUUUGUUAACUAUAGUUAAACUAAGAACGGCAACAGCAGCUUUAUUCAACUUUUUGUAUUUGAUUCAUUAAGUUUUGUGUUGGUGCUUGAGUCAAGUGUAAAUUGAAGUGUGACUGCUGCAUGUGUGAUUGUGUGUCGACGGGCUAAAGAAGGAAUCCAUUCACUCCAGAAUGUACUUCUGCCUAUUUGGGUUUCGACCAUAAAUUUGUUUCUGUUUGUGAGUUGAUUUUGUUGAUUGGGUAAAAUGCAUAAAUCUUAUGUACUAAAGAUGGUCAAUAUUAACAUAGACUAGGAAACAUUUUACUUUGGAUCAAAGUCCUACUUUUGGAGACCAUACCUGAAACAGAGAAGCUACAUGAUUGGGAUAAGUGAUAUGUUCAUGUUGAAACUGACAUUGUCAGUUCUUGAUGGGGUUCAUGAAUCUCAGAAGCUGGAUGGCAAAUCACUUUAAAUGUACUCUGUUGAAGUUCGUGGGUUGUUCUGUGACAGGUCACUUGCCCUAAUUAUGAUGGCAGUGAGUGAGAAAUUAUUCAGUAUUCUGGAGAUUUUUGCUGGAGUCAGACCUGUUUGUUUGGAGCCAGCUUCUUCUUUGACAGAUGUAUAGGUUUUCAAAAUAAAACAUGUAUUUCCUCCAGGUUUUGUAUUUAACAUUAUUUUGCCCCAUACCUGAAAAGUCAACUGUUUGUUUGAACUUGAAAAUAAAAAAUGAAUUUGCUUGUGAUUAAA